CUGAUAUUCGUAAGAUGACUCGGAUAAGGUUAAUGAAAUUUGUAGUCGGACAGUUAGUAAUCGGAUUCGGACUCCCCCUAUUGAAGUUGGCCGAUGACUUCGUAAGCUCGCGACGGUUUUCCAUCAGACGUUUUCCGGACCAAAAAGGAGAACUUGGCGUGAACCUAGCGAUGACAUCGCUUGGAAACAAGAAUUCAAAGGGUUUGAUUGACAGUAAAAGAUGGGACAAGGACAGAGUUGGUUAGAUGGUGAAAGUAAGACGACAAGUCUGGGCAGCCAAGUCGAUGUUGAGGAAGAAAAGGUACGGAAGAGACCGAGGGUGCCAAGGAUGUCGAUGAGUAAUCAUGGAUUGUUUACAAAGACAGACAGGUCCGACGUGAGUAUAGGCACGAUGUAGUACAAUGUUCGAUGACAAACGUUGCCAGCGUGAGGAAUAUUAUUUUAAGAGGAAGUCGA